AUGCUAAAGCAAAAUAGUCAUUCAAAAAAUCAAGCUGGAGAAUCAGAACUUUCUUCUUAUGAUCAAGGUUAUUCGGCUGAUGAAAUUCAUCAAAUUUUGAAAAUGACAGAUUUUUAUGAUGAAGAAGAGGAUAUUGAUUUAGACCAGGUCAUGCUAAAUAUGAAUUUGGAAAGAUCAAAUAUUGAUGAUGAUAGUAAAAUACUAGAAGAUCAAGUUUUGAAAUUGCAAGACAUGAUAAAUUUAGAUAUUCCUCAUCUAAAUCAAUCAAUUGGUAAUGAAACAAAUGUGAAAAAUUCUCAAGAAGAUAAUAACAAAUUAGAUAAAUAG